GGACCUCCCUCCUGGAGGCCCCCGGGGAACGGUGGUCCAUCCGGGGACAACGGGUUUCCAUCCGGGGCUCGUCGGUGGGCGGGGCUCCGCGGAGGAAGCGGCCGCCGCCGCGCGCCGAGGACUUCCGGGUUCUGAGACGCGGGGCUCGGGCGCCGUCCUCUGCCUGCGGUGUCCGUCCCGGGCCGGGGCCGCCAUGGUGCUGUGCCCGGUCAUCGGGAAGCUGGCGCACAAGCGCGUGGUGCUGGCCAGCGCCUCCCCGCGCCGCCGCGAGAUCCUGAGCAACGCGGGCCUCCGGUUUGAAGUGGUGCCCUCGCGGUUCAGAGAGAACCUCAGCAAGAGCGCGUUCCCCGCCCCUCACGCCUACGCCGUGGAGACCGCCCGGCAGAAGGCCCUGGAAGUGGCCGGGAGGAUGCACGAGAAAGACCAGCGGGCGCCGGACGUGGUCAUCGGGGCGGACACCAUCGUGACACUUGGGGGGCUGAUCCUGGAGAAGCCUGUGGACAAGCAGGACGCCUACAACAUGCUGUCCAGGCUGAGUGGGAGGGAGCACAGCGUGUUCACCGGCGUGGCCAUCGUGCGCUGCUCCUGCAAAGACGGCCGGCUGCACACCGACGUCUCCGAGUUCCACGAGGAGACCCGGGUGACGUUCUCGGAGCUGUCGGAGGAGCUGCUGUGGGAGUACGUGCACAGCGGGGAGCCCAUGGACAAAGCCGGCGGCUACGGCAUCCAGGCGCUGGGCGGGAUGCUGGUGGAGCGGCUCCACGGCGACUUCCUCAACGUCGUCGGCUUCCCCCUGAACCGCUUCUGCAAGCAGCUGGCGGAGCUGUACCCCGCGCCGAGCCCGGCCCCCGGCCAGGGCCCCAGCCCCUGCUCCGACGCCCUCGACAGCCUGAGUGGCCUGCAAAGGGGUGGCCCGGAGCCCCCUGGGGGGAGCGAGGCUGGCGGCUCCCAGGGGACCGGGGGCACCUUGCCCGCACUGCCACCACAGCUUCUGGAGCUCAUGGAAGGGUUAAAGGCAUCAAAGGCCCUGGUCGCCGCCUGCCGGCUGCGGGUGUUUGAUUUCCUGCGAGAGGCCCCGCAGACGGCGGCGCAAGUGGCCGGGAAGGUGGCCGCCCCCGUGCCCGGGACCGAGAGGCUGCUGGACACCUGCGUUGGCCUGGGGCUGCUGCAGAAGGCGGAGCGAGGCUACAGCAACACGGAGCUGGCGAGCGCCUACCUCGUGUCCAGCGGCCGCCUGUCCAUCCGUGACGUCGUCCUGCGUGAGGGCGACAGCGCCUGGAAUCUCUGCGCGUGCGCAGAGCUGGCGGAUGGUGUCCUGCUCAGCCGGGAGGCUCUGCCCUGCUUCCCGGACAGCCCGCACGGCCUCGCCAGGCUGACCGCUCGCCGGGUGGCCACGGCCUUCGACCUGUCCCGGUUCAGCGCGGCCUGCAGCCUGGGAGGCUGCACCCUCGCCCUGGCCCGGGAGCUGGCCCGGGAGCACCCGCAGCUCCACGUGACCGAGUUCGACCUCCUGCACGCCGUGGGCCAGGCGCCGUGUGCGCAGCCUCCCGGUCAGGAGGACACACAGCGCAUGCGCUGCGUGACAGGGGGCGCCCUCCAGGACCCUCUGCCCGAGGCCAGCCUGUACCUGCUGUGCACGGGGCUGCUGGGGGAGUGCGCGGACGCCCAGCUCGACGCGGUGCUGGCCAAGGUCGCGGCUCACUGCCCACCAGGAGGUGGCCUCUUGCUGGUGGAGACCCCGGCCCGGGAGCGGCCGCGCAGCCUGGCCAAGUACCAGCACCUGCUGCAGCGACACGGCUUCGGGGACGUGCAGGUGGCGCGCGCCGAGAGCGGCCUGGCCGCAGUCCUGUCCACCCGCGAGACCCGGCCCGGGCUGCAAUAAAGGAAGUGACACGCACUCUGGGCUCCUUGUGGACAGCGUGGGCCCUGGGCUCUUCCCUCUGCAGGCCACGCCCAGCUUGCCGCAGGAGCCCCGGGGGCGUGGCCUAGGAGAAAAGCGGGGCGGGGCCCCCGUGUUCUGAAACCUGCCAGAGGGUCUCUCUGCCUUCUCCUUGCAAACCUGAAUUCCCAGUGGGGACA